AUGGAGCCAUUGCACAUGCUCCAGGUCCUACGCCGAAAAUCCAAAUCAGACAUGAUACCACCCAAACCGAGCCUAGAAGUGUCAAUGUUUCCUCUCUACCACUACGGGAAAAGAAGAGGACAAAGCUGCAUGACUUCCAUGGAGAAGAAGCGGGUGGCCAUCAUCGGAGCCGGGGUGAGCGGCCUUACUGCGUGCAAGCACGCAUUGGAGCAUGGCUUCCGUCCUGUCAUGUUUGAGGCCGACGUAGACGCCAUCGGUGGCGUGUGGGCGCACACGCUAGCCUCAACGCGGCUUCAGACCCCACGGCCAUAUUACCAGUUCACCGACUUUCCGUGGCCACCGGGAGUGUCAGAUUUGUACCCUGACCAUAACCAGGUCAUGGAUUACCUGCGCUCGUAUGCGCGACACUUUGGCGUGCUAGAGUGCAUCAGGUUUGGCAGCCGGGUUGCUGCUCUGGAGUACUCCAGUGAUGUGAACGAGGGGGAGAUGAUGACGUGGGAUCAGUGGGCCGGCAAUGGUGAGGCAUUCGGCAGCGGUCGGGGCGAGUGGAGCCUUACCGUGCAUCGCGGGGACCAUGUUGAGCACAAACAGAUCCAUGUGGCCGACUUUGUGGUUCUUUGUCUCGGAAGAUUCAGUGGCAGGCCCAAUAUUCCCGCUUUCCCGCUGGGGAAAGGGCCAGAGGCCUUUGAUGGCACGGUGAUCCACUCCAUGGAUUUCUCCAACAUGGACAAUGCAAAGGCCACCCAACUCAUCAAAGGCAAGCUCGUCACUGUCAUCGGUUACCAAAAGUCUGCUCUGGACGUUGCCACACGGUGCGCAAAUGUGAAUGGUCCGACGUAUCCAUGCACAAUGAUUUGUCGUACGAAGCGAUGGAUCAUCCCGGGUUACCACGCAUGGGGUGUCCCGAUUUCUUUCUUCUACCUCAACCGGUUUUCUCAACUCCUAAUUCACAAGCCAGGAGAGGGGCUGCUCCUUGGCCUUCUGGCAACGUUGUUAUCACCGUUGAGAUGGUUGUUCUCCAAGUUUGUUGAGAGCUACUAUAGAUGGGCUGUACCCAUGAAGAAGCACGGCAUGGUGCCAGACCACAGCUUCUUCGAUGCCAUGAGCUCAUGCUUGGUUGUGCUGCUACCCGGCAAGUUCUACACUAAUGUCGACCAAGGCAGCAUCGUUCUCAAGAAAGCAAAGGAAAUGAGCUUCUGCAGACAAGGACUUGUUGUAGAAGGCGAACCCUCGCCAAUAAAGAGCGACGUGGUGAUCUUUGCUACCGGGCAAUGUGUCCAUCCUAGGAUCCCCCAGUUAGCCAUCAUCGGCUACUGCGAGAAUGUGUCAAACCUGCAUGCGUUCGAGCUACGGUCAAAGUGGUUGGCACACUUCCUUCACGGGAGCUUCCGUCUGCCUAGUAUCCAAUCUAUGGAGGAGAAUAUAAUCGAGUGGGAUAAGUAUAUGAAACGGUACGCUUCAACCCACUUCCGUCGGUCGUGUAUUGCACAGGUCCACAUCCUGUGCAAUGAUCAGCUGUGUCAAGACAUGGGGAUUAAUCACAAGAGGAAAAAUGGAUUCCUGGCAGAUUGGGUGCUUCCUUAUGGACCAGCAGAUUACGGUGGCAUCAACCGGCGGAAUAACUGA